GCGACCUGACGCUCACGCUGCGAGUGUGUUGCUCACUUUACUACACGACCGCCGCGCCGACACCACACACUCUGCCCUGCAAAGCUGGCGUGAUGGCUUUCUAAAUUCCACAACAAGCUGCGCGCUUUCUACAACAAGUCGUGCUUUGCUUUUUGGCAACGCACCCCUAACAAGCUAACUACCGUUUCUCUGCAAGAAUGGAGUUUCACUAUGCCCGCCCAGCAUUGCUCUCCGUGGCCCAGCUGUCAGACCCUUCCUGCACUCAUCAUAUGCUGCGACUUGGACUGAACCGACUCGCCGACAGACAGAAUGACGAUGGCUCCGCCAGCUACUGCUUGGAAGACUUUUCGUGUGUGCCCGGCAGACCCCCUCGCUCUCUCUCACCCACAGGCUAACCCCAGCCAAUCGCAGGGGUGCAGGGGGGAGGUGUCAGAGGGGAGUCAGCACUUAAUUGGUGAUGGUCUCACCGACUGGAUGACGGAAGAAGUGGACUUCUCCUCAUACCUCCCAAACCCUCCCUCCCCUCCUUCCUCCACCAAUGCCUCCUUUCCCCCGUCACCCCUUCACAACGAUAUCCAGGUGCCCUCUGAUUUGGAGGUCAUGACCUCCUUGCUGCAAGAGGAAUUAGCCCAACUGGAAGACUACUUCCUGUCAGAGCCACUGCCAGAGAAGUGUCCAAGGCUGGGAAAAUGCGAAAGGGCUCCGCAGCUGGCGGGUCCUCAGCUGUUCAGCCAGACACCGUACACGUCAUACGCCGCGCCCAACCCGUCGGAAUCCAGUCCGUUUCUUCUCACCCUGGCAACCGGAGAACUGGACUUGGCGGGCGUGUGUGGCGGGCCUGUCGGGCGAUCCAAGAUUCCCAGGCACGCCCCGUAUAGCUGCGGUCGCCCCAGCACAUGCGUUAGGAAAGGAAUUCCAGAUGGUGUGAGGUUCAGUGAAGGCUACGAUAACAGUUUAAGUUCCAAAGUGAGCAACUCAGGUAAUUCGGUGUUUAAUUACUGCUGUGUGGAAGAGGAUCAGCUGGUUGGGAAAGGUUACUGUCUGGGCAGCGCGGUGGAGCUCAGAAAAUGUGCUGCCUUGCUAGCAAAAGAAGACAAAACCUGCUGCUUCGGUCACAAUGGCAUCGGGGAGGCAAAGGUUGCCGGUAGCGGAUUCGGUUUCGGGGCAUCUGUGGAAGAGCCGCCAAAGAAAGAAGAUCUAUUGAUGUAUAGCAUGAGAGAAGUGAGCGGAGGCACAAGUAGCAGCGAGGUGCUGACCAGCAUCAAGACCGGCUUGGAGGUGACAAAAGCGACAGUUACUUGGAAAGCCCAGAGCAGUGAGGGUUGUUAUCUGCCGGGAACACCCCAGUCUGAGGCCUAUCAUAGCUUCUUCACUGAGCAGGUCAAAGCAGAGAGUCUGCAGAUAGGGCAGCAUGACUUGCACUGUAACUUCCUGGAGAAUCCAAGUCCGGAGUGUCUGUUGAUGGCCAGGGACAGUCUGAACUUGGAGUCUUGCAGGUUGAUAGAAGACCAAUGUGCCGUGAAAUACGAAUUGGACAUCAUCUCCGCAGAAGGCGGAGGAGAGCGCAAACAGAAGAAGAGAGAUCAGAACAAAACCGCCGCUCACAGGUAUCGCCAAAGAAAAAGGGCGGAGCUGGAUUCUUUAGAAGAGCAGCUGCAUUGCCUGGAAGGGAGGAACCGCGAGCUGCGGGACAAGGCAGAGUCCGUGGAGCGUGAAAUCCAGUACGUCAAAGACCUCCUGAUCGAAGUUUACAAGGCCAGAAGCCAAAGACUCAAGCAGGACACAAAAGCUUAACCCCAAAUCCGCAUCAAGAAGACAGGGAAGUUGUCAUGUUGAUUGUCCACAAUUGAUUCUUUUUAUUCUUAAUUUGGAAUAAUGCAUGCUUUGGUAAUGUGAUUUUUUUCCUCUAUAGUCCAAAUCACCACAAAGUCAAAUGCAUCCAUCGCUUUCCCUGCACUUGUCCUGAGGCUUGUAUACGACAAUCACUUUUAACACUGUGUCAAUCUAAGAAUUGUAAUUUAGAAAUGUUUGAUUGAUUCUGCAGGUUUAAUAUUUGACGGGCCUUACGUAAGAAUGGACAGCAAACCAUUUUCCCCCCUUGUUUAAAAUUGUUGUAUGUAAAAUCUGAAUGUUGUCAACAUACAUUUCUUCGUUCUUAUCAUUUUAAACUUCAUACAUUCCUAUUGACCGUUCUUUUAAAAUUGACUGAUUGAUUUUCCAAUGUGUAUCCACUUCUUGAGCUGCUACAAAUAAGAAAUAAGCUUAAAAAUGUGUAGCCCAUAAUCAAUGUUAUGAGUAAUAUUAAUUUUGUAUAAAUUUAAAUUAUAUUGUUUGGACUUUUGAGCUUUGACUGACUUCAGGUUUAAUGCAGAACUACUGAAUGAGAUUUGAAUGUUAAAAGCAGGUGUUUUUUUUUUCUUUUAUCUGCCUUUUAUUUACUUUGAUUUCAUUUAAGUCUUAAUCUUAUUUUAGAUAUUUUAUUUUAGCCUGCUGUGCUGGCUUUGAUGGGAACAAAAAUAGUACUCUCCUCAGGAUGCUUGAUCUGCCCUCCAAUCAACCAGGAAAAAAAAUAUCCUGCAUAUUUUGAAAAUAUUGCACACAUAUUGUUUUAGGUAAAUUAUUUUUCUGCACGUCUUCAAAGCUCCUGGAAUAGAAAUUGUAUAUUUGGGAAUGAAUCGGCGUUAUUACUGCAAUAUGUCUCAUAGCCUCAGGCUGAUCUGCACUAAUUUGUAGCAACUUUUAUAAUAUGCGAAUAGUGUGAUAACUCUUUGCUUUGUAGAUAAUUUAGUGAAACAAUACGCCUCGUUAGUUAAAGACGCUGCUGCCUAAGAAUUUCGGGAAUAUUUUUUCUAUGCAUUUAUUUUAAGACAAUUGAAAAUAAGCGCUGGCAAUAUUAAUUAAAAAAAAUGUAACGGCAGCAUAUUUCAUCAUCAUCUUAGCGUAUUUGUGUGUUAGCGACCCUUUUCUGUUGAAAAUAAAAACGUGUGGCUUUCAAA